AUGUCUCAAAACGGUGAUAAGUUUACUAUAAAAAUAGUUAAAGACAAUUUCGAAUCGGCUCUUUCUAAAGAAGACGAUGUUCGACUCAAAGAGUACCUGGAUAGUUUCGAAGAACUCAACAAGUUUUUUACUUUAAUGGGUACCAUUUUCGGUUUCGUUAGUAAAGAUUUGAAGGCUAAAAUGGAUUUGUUAAAGGAACUGCUUGUCAAUUCUGGAGAAAAUUUCUCUAGUGUUAAAGAAAUGAUUGAAUAUGAAAAAGAGAAUGAAUUGUUGAAUAAGAAAGGCUACACAUCAGGUUCUCGAACUUUGCUAAGGCUUCAUCGAGGAUUGGAUUUUAUUAGAUUAUUUUUACAAAAACUUGGUGAGCUUAAAGAUGAUGAAUAUGCUUCCACAGUGUGUAGAGAGGCAUAUGAACAAACGCUGUCAAAGCAUCAUCCUUUUAUUAUUAGAAAUGGAGCAAAAGUUGCUAUAUAUGCCCUACCAACAAAAGGAGUAUUACUUGGGAGGGUAUGUGGAGAGCCAGAAAAUAUACAACAAGCACUGGAGUUAUUGCCAGACACUUUGACUGCCACUUCUUUAGUAUUUGAACGGACUGAAAACCUUUUCACACUACAUGAUCUUCAUACACUUCCAUAA